UGGUUUUCAUGAUUCUAAGCGGUGAACGUGCACGAUUGUUAAAAGCUACAGUAAUAUGAAUAUUAUUGUUAUAUUCUACAAAAUGCCUUAAAGACACAUAGUUAGACUUUAGUUUGGCUAACAGUGUUUUAAAAUUUUAGUGACAACUUACUAGUACGUAAGUAUUAAGUUAGAUUCGGACUUAUCUAGAGUGGUUAGUCUGUCACACUAAUUAUAACCUGCUUCCAAUUGCACGUAACAGAACGCUUCAUGGUAAACCAACGCCUAUAGAUUGUUAUUAUACCAUAAAUGAUUCAAACGAAGCCAGGAUUUUUUUCUUAAGUUUUAAAAUGGUGCAUUGCAAUGACGAAAAUAUUAAAUGGAUAAAACAGUACUCAUUGUUAUUGAUCAAGUUCCUUAAUGAAUAUUCCUGGCUCACAGAAGCCUUUGUUUUGGACUUUUUUACUGAGAAUCACUGGAGCAAGCUGCCACUAUGCUGGUCUUCUGUUCUAUCUAGUAUUGAUCCUCAAGAGCUUGGUGAUUGGCUAAGUGAAGGAAAUAUUUUCUAUAAGCAAGUUUGGCCUUUGAGUUUACAAGCUUUCCGUGCAACAGUAUGUGCAUUAGCACUUACAAGAAAGCCCAUAAGCUCACCAGAAGCUGUUCACUUAUUUUUGAAUAAGAUCAUACCUGGUUAUCCACAUCAAAAAGGUAUGACUGAAGCUUCUAAAAUAAAAUGGUUGAAAACUGUGGAUGAAUUAUCUGCUGCUGGUGGCCAACAUGUAAACCUGGAACAUAUUUUCAGAAGACGAGUAAAACCGAAGAAACAGCAUGAAAUUUUGAGAUUGACUCAGGUUAUUGACUCGGUGCUUAAACAAAUUCAUUGUGACCGGGUUAUUGAUGUGGGUUCUGGUCAAGGCCAUCUUGCUCGUUUAUUGGCUCUUGGCUAUGGUCUUCAAGUGGCAACUGUAGAAGCAGAAGAACAGCAUGUCUCAGGAGCUCAGAAGUUAGAUGAUCAAGCCUUAAGUCAUUUGAAGAAGAAGGAACAAAGACCAGCAUAUUCAGUUGAAGAGGAUAUUAGCAAUGAACUUAUUGACAAUUAUAAAAAAUUUGCAAUUUGCAGUCAUCAACCUCCAAAACACCUUCGUUACUGUGUUUCAGCCUCUUCAACUCAAGAAGAUCUGUUACAGGUCCUCAGUGAUUCUUGGCCAUCAGUAAAAGAUAACCUCUACAGUGAUGUGGCUCAUUUUGGUCUCAUCGGACUACACACUUGUGGAAAUCUUGCUUCAACAAUGCUACGACUUUUUACAGAAACUUCAGAAGCAAAAACUUUGUUAUCAGUAGGAUGUUGUUACAUGAAGUUAGAUAUUACCAGUGCUGGUUUAGCAUGUGGUUAUCCUUUAAGCUCAUGUAUCAGAAAUCAACUUGGACACAAAUUAUGUUACGAGGCACUAGAAGUAGCCUGCCAUGCCAUUGAGAAAUACAGCAAGAAACUUAAAGAAAAUGCUAGUUCCUUAAAAAUUCAUUGCUAUAGAGCCACCCUUGAAGCAUUGAUAAACAAACAUCAUCCAGAGAAACGUCAUUAUGGACUUCGAAGUGUCAAUCAUGCAGAUAGAAUUACAUUUACAGAAUAUGUACAGAAAGCUCUUAACAGAAUUAACUUGUACAUUCCUGAUAAAGAUGUCAACUCGUCUUGGGUCGCAUCAUGUUUGGAGCAAUGGGAACAUGUAGUUGUGUUUUACUCCUUGCGUUUGCUUUUGGCUCCUGUGAUCGAAAGUUUAGUUCUGAUUGAUCGAAUGUUGUAUCUCUAUGAGAAAGGUAUACCAAGCCUUUUGGUACCAUUAUUUGAUCCUGAGCUGUCUCCUAGAAAUCAAGUGUUAUUGGCUGUAAAGGUUCCCGACCCUCCUGAAAAUCAAGCAUCAGCUAGUCUGCCUAAGCAUCAAAUCUAAAAUCACAUUUGUCACAAGUAUAAUUCAACUGUAAAACACAUUUAAAUCAAAUUUAUUUAUAAUAAAGUUUUUAACAGUGUUAAAGUAUAAUGGUGGUUGUACUGUUGAAAUAAUGUUCUGGCAUUGUAGAUUUGGUGAAUAUUUAAAACAAUAUCUAAAUUAUCUGUGAAUAAGAUUAAUAUUAAUGUGUUACAGAUUGGUACAGUGGAGUUGAAGUAAUGAAAGCUGAAUCAACAUUAUCAGUCAUCAUUCUAUAUCAGUUUUCACUUAUACAUUAAUGUUACAUUCAAUAAUAUUUUAACAUUUUUUUAGAAACACAAACAGGUGAUAUUUUUGACCAUAAUGAAAUAUUGAUAAAAUUACGAAUCAGUUAGUUUCAGCAACAGCUGUUGCCAUUAUUAGGAUUGUCAUUACACUGAAAGCUCAGCCUAUUUAUAUGCUAAAGGAAGGAAGGAACAUAAAGACUAAUAUUUAAAUAUUAUAAAGGUGGAGAAGAAUUUUCCAGAAUGUUACAUUUCUUGAGCCACCAUGAAUAUUGUUACGACAGCAGAAGUCACGUGAUGCUGCUGGCGCAUUGGCACUGGUGGCGUGUGCGAAGAGUUUCUUGAAUGAUCGUGAAUUUCCUAGUUUG